ACGCUUGUUUUUAAAGCCAAAGCAUUGAUUACUACUUUGUCUUAAAAUUUUCAGCGUUAAGAUUUGGGCAAAUAUUCUAUUGUUGUGUUGUGUGACUGGUCAGAAAGAAGCAUUGUAGUGGCUUCCUCCUGAUUGACAUGCGUCAAUCGACCUUCCAAAGUGAACUGCUUCAUUGUAGCUGAAGCGUGAUACCGAACGUCAAACUUUGCAGUAUUUCCCGCUAAAAACGUGGAUUUACUGCCUAUAUCACCAGAAUUACUUGGAAAACCAAGGCUACCUUAUCAUUAAACUAUCUAGUCGGAGGAUAACGGACUUCGUUUGAUCUAGGAAUCGUAUGUUUUAAGGAUUGCAGUCAUGAUGUUAUGACAUAUUGAGAGUCAACAAGCUACCCAUGCCGCUGGCACCACGCCUCAAGGGCGGGGCACUCCUUGUGGCCCUAAUCACCCUUACUGUCCAUCUGUCAAGUGCACAAGAUACCAAGCCAGUAAUAACCUUAGACCCAUCUGACAUUGUUGCCUCAAGGAACCAACCUACAGACCUUCGGUGCCGAGCAACUGGCUCACCCAAGCCAAAAAUCUACUGGCUAAAGGAUGGUCGCAUUGUGCCCACUGAUGGGGAAGACUCAGAAAAUCGCCGGUUUAUUAUGCCGAACGGCGACUUGACAUUCCUCAGGGUAAUCAAUAAAAAGAGAAAAUCCGACAGUGGGGUGUACCAGUGUGUUGCAGAGAACAGUGCUGGCAAGGCCUUUAGUAAAAAUGCUACUCUGGAAGUUGGAGUUUUGAGAUCAAAGUUCCGUGCUGAACCAAAAGACCUAUCAAUCACAAUUGGUAACCGAGCAAUCCUGAAGUGCAACCCACCCAAGGGCCGUCCAGCACCCACUGUGACCUGGCUCAAGAACACCAAGGCUUAUGUCCCAGAUGGUGUACGCAUCCAGAAAGUAUCGCCUGGCAACUUGGUCAUCUCCAUAGCACAGAAAGCGGACAUGGGGACGUACCAGUGUGUGGCGGCCAAUGCUGUGGGGCGAAGGAAGAGUCGUGUUGCUACAGUUACCAUUAAAGAAUCUCCCACUACAGCGCUAUCUAUAGAUCCCAAGCAGAUCACUGUCAUCUCCGGCCAGUCCACCAGUUUUAGCUGCCAGUACCGAGAUGGUCCCCAGGCGGCCGUGAGAUGGCAGAAGAAAGGUGGAGACUUGCCGCUCAAUCGUUAUGUGACCACCCAGUCAGGUGAACUGCAGCUGUCUUCAAUACAGCCAGGAGAUGCUGGGGAGUACGUGUGCAGCGUGCCACUUGAGUCAGGGGUAUUGAGUGUUUCAGCAAAGCUGGAAGUCCAAAGAGUUCUUCCCACUCAACCACAAGCCAAGCCAGAGAUCAUUCAGAGGCCUAAGGAUGUGGUCAUCGUGGAGGGUAACACCGCUCUGUUCACAUGCAAGGCAACGGGCUCCCCUCUCCCCACCAUAUUCUGGGAGAAGAAGAGCAAAGGACAGCCCAUGUUUCCCAUGCAAGACUAUGGAAGGUUUUUUGUCAGUAGCAACGGCGAGUUGAGGAUAUCUUCUGUAAAGAAAGAAGAUGAGGGGGAGUAUGUCUGCUCUGCUCUGAGCCCUGCUGGUCUUGGUGCAAGCUCCGCCCGUGCUAUGCUCACUGUCUGGCGUGCAGCCGACACCCUUCCUAACAUCCUGCGAAAGCCUCUGAAUCAGACAGUUCAAGAGUCUGGUGAUGCUGUGUUCACAUGCCGUGUGGACGGUUCCCCUUCUCCCUCAGUACAAUGGAUUAAAAGGGAUGAUAGCAUGAGAGUAUUGAGAAACGGUUCCAGAGUCAUUAUCACCACUGGACCCUUGGCAAGACUCCGGAUCAGUCAGCUCACCCUUGGAGAUGCUGGAGAGUACCGAUGCGUUGUAUCCAAUCAGCUUGGGUCGGUUUUUGCUGCUUCCUUUCUUACUGUCAUUGGCAUUCCAACAACUGCUAGGGUGACUACAAGACGUUCAACCUCCACCAAACCCAAGACUUCCUCCAUCUUCAUCCCUGACCCGCCCUCUGACCUGAUAGUGGACAAAAAUAUCACACAGAGUGCAGUACUCUUGCUGUGGACCUCAGUCAGUCACCCCCCUGAGUUUGCUGUAACCUACAUUGUGGAGUAUCAGAAAGCCAGCGAUGCUGGGGGGUCAUGGACGGUUGCUGCUGACUCUGUCACUGCCAACAGGUACUGGGUGACAGGACUGCAGCCGGGUGUGCGCUACAUGUUUGCAGUGCGUGCGAGAUCACCAGAAGGCUCUAGCAUCCAGACUACAACUAUCAACCCUGUACAGACAUUACGGGAAAACACAGUGCCAGUACCGCCCCCCACCAAGCACAGGAAUGAAGGCAGGGAUAACACUGUGGAUAGAGGUGGAAAAGUUUAUGUACGGUUACACCCCAUGGCUCAUGACAAGAUCAACAUAACUUGGAAGCAAAUAAUGGCCACACCUCAGACCCCUGCUGGCUUCUACGUUCACUAUAAGCGCCACGGAGAGAAUAGCGCAUAUCGCCAAAUUGCUGUGUUUGGCGAGGGCGUGCGUGAAUACGUCCUGGACGGGCUUCAGUCCAAUACAAGCUACGUCAUCCGUAUACAGGUGUUCUUUAGCAAGCACAAGGGACCGAAGAGUGACCCAGUGAAGAGUACCACCUUGAGUGAGGAUGAAGGUGGUGCUGUUCUGGGCGCAAGCGGCCAUAACCUGCCCCCAACCGGGAGUAAUGCGGUGAAAGUGAUCCCUGCCUCGGGUGGUGAUACGUGGUCUAAGGUGAAGGCGUUUGUAAGGCAGCCCUGGUUCAUAGCAGUGUUGGGCGGGGUUUUCUGGAUCCUUCUCUUGGUCCUUGUGUUGCUGCUGUACAGGCGAAGGAAAAGACACAAGAGGGCCCACUCUGUACACAAAAGAGCACGCCCCUUAGAUGACUCUAACCGCACGCCCACAAGCCCCGCAGCACCCAUGACCCUGUGGAUGGAUCAAACCCAGCCGACAGAUGUGUCCCACCUAGCCAAUAACCGGACAAGCGCAUCAUCCCUGGAGUGUAGCCGGCAGAUGACCAGUUGCUGUGCCCGUCGAGGCGGGUCCAGUGCAAGCAUUGAUUUUCCUAAUAAGAUUCCACUGAACUCCCUUGCAGGAGCUCGUCUUGGAGACUUGAACCACCUGAGCGGAUCAAUGGACUCUAGAAAAUCGGACAAGACCAACAACGUCCUUCAAGAGCAACAGCCCAAUAACCAGUACAGAGAGAUUGUCAACAAGAGUAGCAAGUUUGCCGACUUUGUAGAGGCCGGCUCUACAAGCUCCAGAUGCAGCAAGAGCGGCUCAGAGCACACCCUCCCCAGGGAUCAUGUUAGAGAGGAGGUAGACGUAUCUCCCCUGGCCUCGACUCACCAAUUCCUUAAACGAAAGAAAGAUAAUAUUGGCAGAGACCCUAACAGGACGCCUAGCGAGUCAAGCGACACCAGUAAAACCAAGCCUAAACUUAAGAUUCAGUCAUUCGAGAUGGCGGGUAACACCCCAAAUCCGACCACCACUACCUUUCACACUGACCCGCCACCCACUUACGAGGCAGUGCUGAAGGAGACGGAACUGGAAAAACAGAACAUCGAUGAGGAAGGCAAAGAAACAGUGCAGGAAAUGCCAAAAGCUAUGACCCUUGCCGAGGCUCGCCGCUUACGCCCGCCCAGCCCCCCUCUCAGCGAGCGCAGCUGCAAGACCACCUCCAGCUGUGGCAGCCGACGGAAGAAAGUCCUGAAGCCACCACCUCGCCUCGCCAUCUUGAACUGGGCAGACCUCCUGCCUCCUCCUCCCUCGCACCCUCCACCCAGCAGCCUGGGGUCACCGCCACCUUCCCCACCCUUCAGCAUGAAGUCUGGUAUGACUGGGAUGAGCGGCAUGACGGGAAUGAGUGGUAUGACCGGUUUGACUGGUUAUACCGGCUACACAGGAUAUACCGGCAUGACAGGAAAAACUGGCAUGAGCGGCAAGACUGGGAUGAGUGGCGUGACGGGGGAUUCUGGGAUGUCGGGGAUGGGUCGUCGCCAUACGCCCAGGAGACCGACCUCGCCCUCGGCGCUAUCAGAGUCGCACGCGUCUGCCGACCCCAGGACUCCAAGCUCUGCCCGUGGCAAGAAAUCAAGUGGCAAGCGGCCCGGCAAGGCCAAGCCCGUGCCUAUCGACCUGGAGGGCAUCACAAGCGACAUCAUCAUGCAAUGGGCGGAGAGCGUGACCAACACAAGCGGUUCCGACGAGGACAGCCCGUGCUCAAGCCCGUCACGCAACUCAGGGCUCAGCGAAGGGUCUUUCUUUACCGACGCAGACUUCGCGAACGCCGUGCGGGUGGCGGCCGAGUGUGGCGGCUUUAACAUGGAGACGUACGGUCUAAUGGACUCGCUGGGUUACCCUCCGCCCUAUUCAGGCAGCUGGAAGCGAGGCAACGCCUCUAACGCGAGCGACGCAAGCGGGCCUAUCCUCAAUCCCGCGCCGCCGAGGAAAGCUGCGCGCAAUCGUUGGGAGACUGGAAGCGAAGGGGAUGUCGAGAACCUCCCCCCUGUUCGUGUCAGGCCGAGGUUUACACGUCGAGGACCUGGAUCCGAGGGCGGUGGUAGCACAGGGACCCCGUCGGUAGGAUCAAGUCGCAUGGCUAGCGAUAUGGGACUUCCCAAUAUCUCCCGCAGCCCUGUCCCCAUAGUACCCUCACAACCGCGUAGACCUGUUCCCAGAAACGCGCGGAACGCCAACUCCCCCAUCACGACCACGCCCAGUGUAGUGGUGCAACCGCUGAAAAAGACGUCAGCGAUCGGGGGCGUGGACCCGGUGCAAAGACUUGUACCUAAGAAGAAGUACGCGAUCGUCAAGCGGAUUCCGCAAAGCACGGACUCGGCUCAAGGCAGCGACUAUAACAGCUGUAGCAUGAGCAGUAGCAAGUCAAGCACGAGUACCGCUAGUACGGUCAAGACCAGUACAGUCGCCGACUCUGACGGGGGGUCCGUGGCGUGAGCUGAAAAAAAACACAGGAUGACCAAGUAAGACCUCGAAGCCGCGCGUCACAUGCUUGCCGUGGUCUAGCGGUCAUUCGCUUGUGUAUUCCUGCUUAAUUCGCGGGAAUGGGUUGCCUGGUGAUGAUCCACCGUUCAAGAAGCCUUGGUUAGAACAAGCCUGAGCUGUUCCCCGGGCAUUCUUUCUGGCCUCUCGGAGAGGUUCGUGUUCUUUCGGCCUUGACUCGGAAGGCCCGACAUAUAUUCGUUGUGUUGUUGGAAAGACAUCGUUACCUAAAGAAACUCCAAAUAACGGAAGGUGUCACAGACUACUCGACCUGCGUAUUUUAAUGCUUUCGCUAAUGGUUGUUUUUAACGCCGAGGAUUUAUUCGUAUACAUAAUAUGAGAAUUGUGUUCUCUGACCUCGCACGGACAGUGAAAUCAGUGAGGCUUAGAUAGCCAUGGUUACCACUUUGGUUGCGAUGGAGCUAAUGACGUCAGAAAACUCCUCGUUCCUUCGCAAAAACUCUGAAGUCGUUGUUUGAGACAUUUUUUUUAAAGCGUGGACACCAUUUAUUAGCAGGGUUUGCAGGGAAUGAUGGGAACUACGCCCCUCCCCUCAAUCUAUGAUUGACGCCUGCUUUCGAGAAAGGAAUCGAAUUAGAAGAACAUUGUGUAAACACUUCAUAUAUUUUUUUGCCGAUAAAAAUAGGAUAUAUUAGCUAAUUAAUAAAAUAAUAAUGAACAAAUGUUAUAAAGAAAGCCAGGUUAUUUGAGCAGAGAGCACAGCUAUUUAACAGUAGAGUGUAAUUUUCAGCGUUGGGUUGAUUGUACAGAAUACUUAUAUUGAUAUAACAAAUAUAAUAAAUAUUCUAGAAAUUA